CCCAAUUCCCUUCAAUUCAACUGGAAAGCUGCAGCUUUUCGCAUGAGGAGACAGAGCUGGGCAUCGAGUUAAAAGAGCGCACACGGGGCUGGUGUUCUUUCAGAUUCCCUGGUACACAAGAAAGAGGAGGGCAGAGAAACCACAACACUGCAACUUGGAUGUCAGCAGCCGCACUCUCUCUCUUUAACUCUCACACCCACCAAAUCGACUUUGAACCUGUUUGUUUAAAUACACAGACUUUACAGCCUGCACACUUACUGCUGAUUCAGUCAGGCAGUUCAGAGCGGAGUUCCUCUAAUCUGCAGGCGUAAAAAGAAAAGCUUUUUUUUUGGUAUUCCUAUGGUGCCUCAUGGAGACAAGGGGAUGACCUUAUUUCAUCCAACAUUUUACGCUGCGGUGCAUUAUUUUUCACGGACAAAUGGAAACUGAACCGGAGAGGCACUGAAGACAUCUCUCUCUCUCCCCCCGGGAGAGUCCUCCCUCCUUUCCCCGGGGCGAUGCGGAUCUCCUUCCUCCUUCUCGCAGCCUCUCUGUGCGCCUCUGUCCUCCUCCUCGCACCUGUCACGGAGGGCUGCGGGCCGGGGAGGGGAUACGGCAAGAGGCGGCUCCCCAAGAAGCUCAUCCCGCUCGCCUACAAGCAGUUCAGCCCGAACGUGGCCGAGAAGACCCUGGGAGCCAGCGGGCGACCCGAGGGGAAAAUUACGCGCAACUCCGAACGCUUCAAGGAGCUCACACCGAACUAUAAUACAGACAUAAUCUUUAAAGAUGAGGAGGACACGGGCGCAGACAGGCUCAUGACUCAGCGCUGUAAAGACAAGCUAAACUCUUUGGCCAUCUCUGUGAUGAACAUGUGGCCAGGUGUGAAGCUGAGGGUGACCGAGGGUUGGGACGAGGACGGUCAUCACUCAACAGACUCGCUGCACUAUGAGGGCCGUGCUGUCGAUAUAACCACCUCAGACAGGGACAGACAUAAGUAUGCCAUGUUGGCCCGCUUGGCUGUAGAAGCUGGAUUCGACUGGGUCUACUACGAGUCCAAAGCCCACAUUCACUGUAGCGUCAAGUCAGAGCACUCUGUGGCAGCCAAAACUGGAGGAUGCUUCCCCGGCGAUGCUCGUGUCAUCGUCGAAGGCGGGCGGACCAAACAGAUGCGUGACCUCCGCCCCGGUGACCGUGUCCUGGCAUCCUCCUCAACAGACAUUAAUGCUCCGCUGCUCUACAGCCCCAUUGUGUCCUUUCUGGAUCGCCAGCCGAACGCUACGAGGACUUUCUAUGUUAUCGGGACGAACGGAGGACAUAACAUUACCCUCACGGCUGCUCACCUGAUCUUUGUCACAGACUGUGCCACCAGACCGAGCAGUUCAGGGCGGGAAGAAAUGUUCCAAGAAACCAAGCCUUUUGGUUCCAUGUUGCAGAGGAGGGCGCAUGGGGCAGGUAUGAAGACAGUUUUUGCCAGCGAAGUCCAGCCUGGACAGUGUGUGUUUACAUCGUCUGGUAGAUCAAACUCACAUCCAAGACUCUCAGUUGUGACCUUUGUUGAGGAACAGACAAGCACUGGGUUAUAUGCCCCUCUUUCCCAGCAUGGGUCUAUAGUGGUGAACGGCGUGUUAGCAUCUUGCUACGCUGCCGUGGACAGUCAUUAUUUGUCCCACUGGGUCUUGGCUCCAUUAAGACUCGUUUACAGAAUAAUAGGACCCUCACAAGUGCAGAAUGACGGGCUGCACUGGUACCCUUGGAUUCUGCAAAAGCUGGGGAAAGUGCUUCUUGGCGCUGAACACUUCCACCCCUGGGGCUUUGAUCAGUGACACAAAAGAGAGGAAGAGGGAGAAGUUUCAGGAUGAUGGCAUCUUUUAUUCACCUGCAUGCAGGUUCACAAUGAAGAAAAGCACAAACAUAUUUAGAAGAAAUAUAUAUUUUGUACUCACUCCAAGUGCCUGUAUUUGCUGUACUCCAGUAAAUCUCCUACAUAUGCUGUUGUGUAAGGCAUUAAGAAAGGAAUGAUUUGAGUUUGCAAUAAUAUCAGAAGACUGACAACUAAAGCUCUUAUUCAACUAAAACAGGUCUUGUCAUUCAUGUUUAAUUCUUACUGAAGACAAUUCCCCAUUUGUGUGUUCUGUUGACAUUUAAAUAUAAUCCCCAUUUUGUGAGACUGAAAGGAGAAGGUGAGUACAGAAAUAUUUGAAGAAAAGUAAGAGAAAGAUUGAGAAACAGUUUAUGCAGUUGUAGAGUUUUUUUCAUGUAAAUAGGUAUUUAUACACUUACAACCAGAUAGGAAUAAAAUACAGUUUCGUUCAAGAAUUCUCUUUCUUCACUCUUUUUCAAAUCUAAACUUUUCAUUUCAGGGAUUUUUAAGUCAACAUUGCAUGAUGCAGAUCAGUGAUACACAGAUUUGCAAAGUAGUUGGCAGGGAAUGAUGGUGUAUACAAAAUCAGAAAAAAUCUCUUCCCGAAUAGAUACUUUAAAAACAUCUUUUCACUUGUUUAUUCCAUCAGCUUUCAAACAACUUGUCUAUCUCUGUCUUAUCCACAUGUUUCAUUUACAAUUUUUAUGUUUUUUAUCAGGUGUAUUAUUGAAGAGAUUAGUUUUUAUGGUUUGAGGGUGUCACUUUUCAGGUCAGUAAUAUGACUCAGGCUCUAUUCAACUACUGUAUUAAUUAUGUUUUAGGCAUCUUGUUAAAUGGCAGUAUAUAUUUCAAUUAGUGGGUUGAAAAGAGUUUCUAAUUUAAUAAUGGCGAUAUUAUGCUAUUUUUGUGCUAAUUUCCUUUUUUAAAACACCCACAUUGGAGUAGGAAAUUGUUAUCAUAAACAAUAUACAUUUUAUGGAAGGCUGUAUAGAAAUGUUCAAAUCUCUAAUAUAUAUUUCAGAUUACCUAAACUGUCUUUCGUUGACUUUAGAAUGCUUAAUGACAAGACACAAUGCAAUUAUUUUGUAACUCCAAGGCAUUUUUCUACAUGACUGCUCAGAAUACUGUCAAAUAUGUAUAUUAAAGCUGUUGGAGAAACUAUUUAAAGAUCUAUUUUUAGAAAAUUGUUGUAUUAUUAUUAUUGUUAUUAUUUUUGGCAACUUUGUUUAUAAAUUUUGUAUUUGACACAUAAAAGUUUUAAAUAAUUAA